GGAACGACUUCAUCCGUCUGGCUUUACUCUGUUAUGGAAGCCAUUUUGGGAUUUUCCUAGUAGUAAUUGUGAGUAUAGCUCGUAACUUUUGUCUAUUCCCACGGAGAUCGCGGAAUUCGGAUCUGAUGUUUGGAUACGCAGUUAUUAUUAUUUUUUUUUUAUCUUUAAAUUCCCGUCGAGAUGCGGCACGGAUUUUGCGCAUCCUUCAACUGGAUUGUCAUUUCUGAACUGGACUACCUUCAAAACAACAAGAGAUUAUAGAAACUGAUGGUCAAACUGCACGCUCAGCGAAUUACCAUGGAUUUUUCCCCUCUGCACACGUAUACUCCUCCUCACUGUACUCCAGAUAACACGGGAUAUACCUAUUCACUCAGCUCAAGUUACUCGACCGCAGCCCUUGAUUUUGAGAAGGAGCACCAAAUCAAUCCUGUGUACGAUUCGCCCAGAAUGUCUCGCCGUAGUUUGAGACUACAGACCAGCAGUGGUUUUUAUGGUGACAACAGCCUCACUGAGCUCACAGGCAAUCACAGUGUCGGCUCCUACAAGCAGACCAGCACCACCAGCAGCAGCAGCGUCAGCAGGGCUGUGCGGAGCAGGAGGCAGCAGCAGAGCUCAUCCGUGUACGAGUCUCAGAGCAUGUCUCAGAUUGUGACUCCGACUGCUCAGAAAGACCAGACCCUGUCAGACCUGAGUUUCACCAGUACAGCCAGUGAUGCAUCUCUAAUCUCUAGCCUGCUGGAUCAGUCCACACUCAGACAGAGCUCCACGGCACACGCAUACUCUGCACAGAGAAGAAGAAAUGCUCACAGCUCUCUGUUGGAGAAUGGAGACAUCAGUAAAACAGAAGCGCACACUAAUCUGGCUAACGGCUAUAUUUGUAAGGACUGCUCGUUCCACGCAGACGGGAAGGAGGAUGAAAUGGCAUGUUCCUUACCGUACUCGACAUCUGUGUCUUCAGCGUAUCAGACAGCUGAAGACGCCACUAUGACCACUUCUCUGAAUAGCGUUGACAAGACAGCUCAUGACAGCUACUGUGGCAGUGUGAACGUGCGAGAUCUGGUGACAACAGACAGCCAUCUCAAUCUCAACGGGUCACUCUGUGAUGACUGUAAAGGAAAACAGCACAUGGAAAUGCACACGGAGCAUAAACACUAUUCCUACACCCGCCUUGUAUACGCAGCCUUGUGGGCCCUUGUUUCUUACACAGGUGAUGACUGUAAAGGAAAACAGCACAUGGAAAUGCACACGGAACAUAAACGCUAUUCCUACACCCGCCAUGUAUACGCAGCCUUGUGGGCCCUUGUUUCUUACACAGGUUAUGGGCUUCUGCGGGUUUGCCGAGGUUUCGGCUCAGCCGGUGCGUUUGUGACCCGGAAGCUGAAGUCCGUUCUGUGGUUGGCAGUGUGUUCUCCAGGGAAAGCAGCGACUGGCGCCUUCUGGUGGCUGGGAACAGGAUGGUAUCAGCUGGUAGCACUCAUGUCUCUGAUCAACGUCUUUCUUCUCACCAGGUGUCUGCCCAAACUACUGAAGCUUCUUCUGUUUCUGCUACCCUUACUUCUGCUGUUCGGAUUAUGGUACCUCGGUCCGCCCAUCGCUCUGUCCUUCCUUCCAGCUGUAAACUUCACAGAGUUGAAAACAGCAGUCACCUCUUUCGCAUCACUUCCUCCACUCCCUUCUCUCCCAUCUCUUCCCUCUUUCCCAGCAUUCCCUUCUUUCACAAAAGAGCCACUGGUUGAAGAACAACACAUCCCACCCCCGGUCAUCUCACAGGCUGCAUCAGAAUCUAUUAACAGCGAGCGUUUGGCUCGGCUGGAGCAGCGUGUGGCGGCGCUGUGGGAAAGCAUCCAGCAGGGGGAGCUGAAAGCCAAGCAGCAGCAUGAGGAGGCCGUGGGUUUGGUUCAGGCCCUUCAGGACCAGAUGAACACACGAACCGACAGAGAGAGUCUCAGCCUGUGGGUCUCACAGCUCCUCGAGCCCAAGUUCACCACACUUAAGGGAGAGAUUGAGAGAGAAGCGGUCAGCAGGGCGGAGACUGAGGAACAGCAUGUGCAGCAUCAGACGAGUCUUGAAGCUCGACUAGCCGAGCUGGAACUCCUGCUGAAGAACCUGAACUCUAGAACUGAGGAAAUCCAUCUAACACAGCAGACUCCUGUACAGGCUCCUGUCAGUGUUGGAGUCUCUCAGGAGAAGCAUGAUGCCUUGCUCUCUGAGGUUCAAAGGUUGGAAGCAGAGCUAAGCCGCAUCAGAGGAGACCUGCAAGGGGUGAUGGGAUGUAAAGGGAAAUGUGACCAACUCGACACCAUACAUGAAACCGUGUCAGCACAGGUGAAAGAACAGUUGUAUGUGCUGUUGUACGGUCGUGACGGAGGUGAAGCAGAGAUCCCUGAGCCCCUGCUGCCAUGGCUGGCAUCUCAGUACAUGCGCUCUUCUGACCUCACUGCGACCCUCAUGACCCUGGAGCGCAGCAUUCUGGGAAAUCUGUCCCUGCAGCUGCAGGAGAGCAAGCAGCAGCAGUUCUCAUCUGAAACAGUUACUCAGACUGUUGCCCACACCGCCGGGGCUGCUGGGAUAUCAGAGGAGCAAGUCCAGCUGAUCGUCCAGCGCGCGCUGAAGCUGUACUCUGAGGAUCGCACCGGACAGGUGGACUACGCUUUGGAGUCUGGAGGUGGCAGUAUCCUCAGCACCCGCUGUUCUGAGACAUACGAGACUAAAACAGCAUUGAUGAGCCUGUUUGGAAUCCCGCUGUGGUACUUCUCGCAGUCGCCACGUGUCGUCAUCCAGCCGGACAUGUACCCAGGAAACUGCUGGGCAUUUAAAGGCUCCCAAGGUUAUCUGGUGAUCAGGCUCUCUUUAAGCAUGAUCCCUACCUCCUUCUGCCUGGAGCAUAUUCCCAAAAGCCUCUCUCCCUCUGGAAACAUUAGCAGCGCACCACGACGAUUCUCUGUCUAUGGGUUGGACGAUGAAUACCAGGAGGAAGGGAAACUGCUGGGUGACUACACUUAUCAAGAAGAUGGAGAAUCAAUCCAGACCUUCCCAGUUAUGGAGAAGAAUGACAAGGCCUUUCAGAUCAUUGAGAUGCGAGUGCUGUCGAACUGGGGUCAUCCCGAAUACACCUGCCUGUAUCGCUUCAGAGUUCACGGCAAACCUCACACUCAGUAAUCAGGCCUCGCUGUACAUUACUAUAUAACCCUUUAUGUACAUACAGGAAACGCUCGGACUUUAUUGCAGCACGGAUGAAACUGGGCUUGCAAGCUACAUUUUUAAGACUUUAAUACGAAUGAUGGACAGAGUUACAGAGUUAUGGAACUCGAAACAAAGAGUUACAAGGAGCACAGUGGGAAAGAGCAAUGUGUUUAAGCUAAAGGAUUCCCACUCAUUUCCUUCCCAAGUCCCUGUUCUUGCACUGAUUCAUGCCCUUUCGGCUGGGCCCUGUGUUACGCUCCUGCCCCCAUGCGCUCUCACCCGUAGAGGUAUCUGUGCCUUCAGACAGAACAUGCUUCUCUCAUUCUGUGUACAUUGUUUUGUUUUUUUCCUUUGUUUUCUGAAUGUACAGAGAGGUGUGAGGUUCAGGACACACUAGUGUAAGUAUCCAAGCUUGACUUCAGCCUCGUCCACUGGUCUCUGCCGCUUUAACUAGUCUGCAAGGUCGCAGAGAGUGCCCAUCAGCUAGAAGAGGGAGUAUUUGUUGGUUUAAAACCUUUACCACUGCUAAACCGCUAAAUCCCACAAAAUCUGAUGAGAUCAUGUCUGGAUCAGAUUUCAUCCCAAAUAAUUUACGAAACAAAUCCUAUUUUAGGGUUACUUGGAGAGCUUUCUCAUUAUUAUUAUUAUUAUUAAUGCAAAAAAAAAAACAUUGUUACAUUUUAACAUUGUAAUAGCAUUUGCUCAACUGCUUUUUAAUUUGUACUCAUUAGAUUUUUUUUUUUAUUAUUGUAAUACAG